AUGUAUACUGCAAUUGGAUUGAAGAAAAAAGGUUCACCAAUUGGUUAUGUUAAAUGUAUUAUUUGGAUAACACAUCUUCUGUUAUAUCUAAUUAGUGGUAUAUUUUUAUUCGUAUUCGUAUGGUUUCUUGCUAUCGAAAUCAGAUAUAGUAACAGGCAAUGUCAUCCUUAUAAUCAAUCGUUCGAUUUACCUCUAGUUAAUCUCUGGAAUGUAUCGACUAAAUUAAGAUUAAAUCAUUAUCAAGUACAUGGUUCACACAACAGUUAUACAUCGUCUCUCACGCAUCAACUGACGCACGGCAUAAGACAAUUUGAAUUAGAUAUUCAUUUGACUUUAUCUUCAAAUGAUCAGUUUGCUGUUUAUCAUUUACAAUUAGUUGAUGAUAAAACAGUAUGCUAUUGUUUAAGAGAAUGUCUAACACAAAUAUUCAAAUGGAUUAGAGAAAAUUCUACACAUUUUACAAUUUAUUUAUUUAUUGAAAUUAAGAGUAUGAUUUAUGAAGAUUUAAGAGUGGGUGUAAUUGGUGUUAAAUGUAAACAUUUAGAAUUAGUUAAACAAUAUUUCCUCGAUAUAUUUACAAAUUUAAUUUUACCUGAUCAGAUUCAAGGAAAUUAUUCGACUGUGACUGAGGCAUUAAAACAACAAAAAUUAGAUGAAAUGAGAAAUGAUUAUGAUUAUCAUGGUUAUGGAUGGUUGCCACUCGAAUUAUCUAUUGGAAAAAUAAUUCCUGUAUUUUUGGAUGAUGCUCAUAAUCGAGCUGAUAAUAUUCCAUGUUUAACAUCAUCACCUGAUCUCGAACAUCGAUUCUUUUUCAUUGCACAAUCACAUUUAGAUCGUUCAUACUCAGCCAUUGUUUCCAUUGGAAAUCCUCUCUCUAUUGAAAAUGAGAGACAAGUAAAUGAAAGUUUAUCGGAAGGGAAACUUGUGAGAAUAUUGGCAUACAAUAAAGAACAGUAUAAAAGAGUCGUAAAUCUUGGAGUUCAUAUAAUUAGUAUUGAUUAUAAUGAAAAUGACAACUAUGCACCAUCAUUCAUUUGUAACAAAAGAACAGCACCACCAUUCUGUUUAACUCAGAAUCUAUCGAAUCAUCUUAAUUUACUAUAA